CGCUGGAGUCCGCAGCGUGCACAAAGCAAAUUUUUGCACGAAAUGGCUCAAAGUACGGCCUGCGUGCAGAUGGUUUGUUUGGCCGCCGUCCUCUUCAUGUUGGCCGCCAGCCGCACCAUGAAUAUCUUCGGAUGCUGGGCCGAGAUGGAUAGACGCCAGUGGACGCCUAGUCAGUGUGGGUUAGUGUUUGGAGUUGAAGAGCUCAUUGGUGCGCUAGUCGUUUUGUUUUUCAGCCCUCGCACGGUACAAUUGAUUGGUUCCAAACUGAUGAUACACUAUGGCAUCUUCUCGAUCGGCAUAACCUUUUUAAUAUACUCGUUGGCAGACUACUACUUGGAAGACCCUGCUUUUUAUGUUUUCGCAUUGGCGUGUCGUGCUGUCGCCGGGGUCGCCACUGCCAUCACGUAUCUGGCAUCUUUUGUGUUCCUCCUCACCUCUGAGCCGACCAAAGCCACCUACUGUGUCUUAAUUCUGGCUUACGGCGCUGGACUCAUUUGUGGCUCGUUCUUAGGAUCACUCAACGGCAUAAAGGAUAACGAAUUUAAUUUCAUCGUCUUACUGUUUGCGCUCACGGUAAUGUGUGCUUCCUUUGUCAUUCCGGCCAAUUUGCCUGAGGAACGCAAUAUUGACUUUCAAAUUAACACCGACGAUGCAACAAAAAUUAUUCCAGAGGUAUACAUACAGAGAAUGAAUUCGCUCGCUGCGUGGAUUAGCAGUGCACAAAUUUUGGCUGCGUCCUGGUGCUUCAACUUUAUCACCGCCACAAUUGGGCCAUUUUUGCAAAACGAGGUGCAGUUCUCAAAAUUCGAGAUCGGUUUUGCGCUUUCGGCUUUGUUCUUGACAGCGUCAGUGACUGCGAUUGUUGUGGGAUUACUUAGCCAUCGCGGAGCUCCACUCCCAAUUUUGAAGAUCACGGGUCUCGUCUCUCUACUAUUAGGCUUGAUUCUCAUUGGCCCAAUUGAAUUCGCCAGUGUCCCAUUGACCGGACCAGUUUGUUUGAUGGGGAUCAUCGCAAUCGGUGUUGGUUUUUCAUCAGUUUUUGUCUCAGUUAGUUCAGCAUUGACUUUGAUUGUUCAAGCUGAGGUCGAGCCCCGCAAUACACUCGUCUGGAUCGUGGGAUGUGUCUUGAGUGUCGCCUAUGUUGUCGGCUCUAUCUUCGGCUCUGAUGUGUCGGGCGUCGUUUUAGAACAAGUCGGCUUCCAGAACUGCAUUUACCUUCUGAUGGCUCCAGUUUUGUUUGCAUUAACCCUUGAGGUAAUUCAAGUGAUGUUCAGCAGAGACCGCCAAUUUUCAGAGGAAAGUUUGACAGGCAGUAUGUAUGGGACGAUUGCAUUGGGAAGAUAGUUUUGUAAAUAUCAUUUUUGUAUAUAGCUAUAAAAUUAAAACGAAUCUUUUAAAAUA